GGCAUGGGAUGUAUGCAGGUGUGCAGCUCAGUGGGAAGGAAUCUGGGCCUGUGUUCAGAAGGUUGUGGGUUUAAAUCUCAUAGCAUCUUUUAGCCAGCAGCGUAAGGAUAUCACUUGCUUGGCACUUGAGUAAGACCCAGAACCUGAAAUGCUCCAGGGCCGCUGGCUGACCCUGUGAUGUUGGUGUAUGACCUUGUGUAUAAUAUAUAUGAAUAUAAUAUGUAGGUGUAUGGUUGUGGGUAUCGUAUAUGCAAGAAUUUUAUAUGAUUUCGGUGUACGACUGUAUAUAAUAUGUAAGGAAUAAUUGACGACGGGCCGUUGAAUUAUUAGAAAAUAAUGCACACCCGAGGUGGUAAUGUGGCCACGACGCGAAGCGGAGUGGCUGUUACACCUCGGGUGUGCAUUAUUUUCUAAUAAUUCAACGGUCCGGAGUCAAUUAUUCCGCUUAUACUAUGGUUGCCACACCUCAAGACAUCGAUCAGAUGAUAUAUUUCAAGGGAUUCGUCCGGUUUUUCUACUUAAAUCGCUAUUGUGAGUAGGAUUAUUUCUUCCGCAUCUCAUCCAACGACUCUUUUGCUAGUUCCAAAACGUCAUUUUAAAGCUGGCAAUGGAGGCUUGAGCCGUUGAUAGCAGACUAAUGCAGUUAAUAAUGAAGUUAUUAGAAAGAGAGCGAGAGAGACAGAGACACAGAGAAAGAGAAACAGAGAGAGAGAGAGCUUGUAUGAAUUAGGCUACCUCUGUGUGUCCCUCAACAGUGUUCUGAAGCACCGUCUCUAAACUGUAAGUCUGCUUUAAGAUGCAGCGCUGUUAUUACCUCGCUAGUGAGAAAUGUCAUGUGUAGCCUUUAAGUUGGUACACUAGGCUAACUAAUACUGCUGCAGCCCAGUUGUUGAAAGUUUCAUAUUCACCGUAAAUAUUAAAAUUUACUUUCGGAAAAUCGUCUGUCAUGUUGUUGUUUUUGUUAGUCCUGUGUGCUGUAUAGGUACUGUAUGCUAAUGUCCGUUAUUACAGUUAACUAUGCGAAGUGAUAUAGAACUGUAAUGCGGUCAAGAGAGCUACCUGGAACUACGUUCGCCGUGCGUUUAUCUGAAAAUAAUUGCACACCUCAGAACGUUCGUCAGCCAAUCAGAUUCAAGCAUUUGGUCCCGUAGUAUAAAUGCAUGUAAUGUGACGAAGAGGCUCAGUCCUCACUGGAGAAAAUCAGGAAAUUUACUGAAGAAUGGAGCACUACACAGGCAUCAGCCAUGUGACCUGAAAUCACAGGCUGAAUAUCUUCCAGAAUCAAAAAAAGUCCAUAUCAAAUCACAGAUAAAUCAGUAUUUUCGAAUCACUUCAAAUUACUUUUAAUGUAGCACUGCCCUCAGUUAUCAUCAAUGACCAGUAUGUUACAGCACCUAAAAAUGGGCUUGAUUUAAAGUUUAACACUCUGAAAGUCAGAUAUGCAUUCAGUACACAUUGUUAACAGCAUUACAAUUGCAAUUUUAGUUCUCAAAAGAACCCGGAAUUUAAAAAGCUUCCGAAAAAAUGAAAAUAAUGAAAAUUGUGGUUAAACUGGCCACACAGACACUCCUGAACUAUAGUGUUACAAAUAUGAGUGGUGUGGACAUUUACUAAUAUGUUCUAGAAGAGUGGCACAGUGGACACUGGCACCGAUGCCUCAUACCUCCAGGGCUGGGGGGGGAGGGGGGUGCAUGAUCUCACCAUAUUAGAUAGGAAUCCCAUAACUACUCUGGACAUGCAGUUUAGCUGAGUGACACCAUUUAUAUGCCUACAAUGUAUGACUGGGUAUCUCCCCUGCGAUGGCCUGGCCAUCCCAUCCAACGUUAGGGAUGGGGUACAGCCUCAUGCCCUGCGCUGCUCAGUAUAGGCUCCAGGCCCACUGAGAUCCUGACCAGAACAGGAUGAUGGAAGUUGGGUUCUUCCAGAAGAGCUACUUGCUCUUUAUUCAUACUGUGGUAAUGUGCAGUACAAAUGGCAGACUGACCAAAUAGAACAUCUGUACAGGUUUUACAUGUAAAAAUCUGAAGGUCAUUCCUGCCAGCUAGAAAUAUCAAUGACAUCCUCCACAGCCAGGCUAGAUAUUUAUUAUACUAUUUAUUAUACCAUUUACCAGCACAUCAGUUGAGUUUAAGCUGUUCAUACAAAGAUUUGUUGUUUACUUUGGGAAUCCAUGGUGCCCAGCAUCUUAAAUCAUCGCAAAUAUUCUGCAGUGUUAUCACCAGCAUUUUACAAAGUUUGAAUCAUAACAGCAGACAGACAGACUCCUGACCAUUCUGCGAUCAAGACCGAUUUUCAACUCCUGCUGAACUACUACGUUGUCUUCAGAUUAUUUUGGAUUGAAAUCCACAUGAUGGAGGAGGUUACACUGAUUCAAGAGGCAGAUCAGAGGCAGCAGAAGGCCCGGGACGAGCGUCGAGCCCUAAAUGAAGCGGAUCUCCCGGAUCUCCAACCCUUACCCCCAAAGGAUCCCACAGACCGAGCCUUGGAGGCUCUUUGGGAGGCCAGGAGGACAGAGCCGCUGAGGAUCCACGGGCGCAGCGUGGAGGAGUACAGGGCGAUGUACCGGCGGCUCGUGGAACCAAGGCUGCUCUACCCUUCUGGCCGACCUCGCCCCCACUCCCUCGAUCUGGGGCGCAGGAUAAAGCAGCGCCUGUGGGUUGCCGUCUCCUGCCCGAAAUUCACCGAACAGGUGGGAGACAAAAAGAUAAUUGACAUCGCGGAGACCUCUGGCAACCCGGGGCUGAAGGGUUAUGCCCCCCUGAUCGAGGUCGAUGUGUGGGACGAGCCCCCGGCCAAAGAGCCUCCAAAGAAGAGAGCGAGACAUUAGUCCCUGCUCCAUGUAUAUAAUGUAUAUAUGUAAAUAAAUGUAAAUAUGCAUGUAUUAUAUAUAGGUUCAGUAAAAGUAAAUAUAUAUGGGUUAAAUAUAAGUAAAUAUAUAUGUAAUAUAUAGGUUAAAUAAGUAAAUAUAUGUAAUAUAUAUGGGUUAAAUAUAAGUAAAUACAUCUGUAAUAUAUAUGGGUUAAAUAUAAGU